CUUCUCUCACGGGCGGCAGGCGGGGGACCCGGAGCGGCGGUGGCGGGUGAAGCUGACGCGGCGGCAGCGGGUGAAGCGGGCGCAUCGGCGGCGGGGGAUGAGGAGGCGGCUGCCAACGAGCUCGGUGGUAUGCAGGAGCUCAGUGGGAUUAAUCGAUUCUUGAAGAAGAGCAGUGAGAGACGCGAGAGUAGGAGGCCAUGCCGGAGUCUUGGAGAGACGCGGAGGCGAACGCCUCAGCGGCCGCGCCGCCGUCGUCGGCCUCCGUCGCCGCGGCGGACUCGAGCCUGGGGAAUGGCAAGGGCGGUGGCGGCGCCGCGGCAAGGGGAGAGCGCGCGGCGUCAGCGGCGUCGGCGUCGGCGUGGGUGCCGUUCCACUUCCACAAGCUGUUCGCGUUCGCGGACAAGACUGACGUGGCGCUGAUGGCGCUGGGGACGCUGGGCGCGGUGGCGAACGGCGUCGCGCUGCCGUUCAUGACGGUGCUCUUCGGCAACCUCAUCGACGCCGUCAACCGGGUGUCCAUGGUCUCCCUCGAGUUCAUCUACCUCGCCAUCGCCUCCUCCGUCGCCUCCUUCGUCCAGGUGACAUGCUGGAUGAUCCCCGGAGAGCGGCAGGCGGCGAGGAUACGGAACCUGUGCCUCAAGACCAUCCUGAGGCAGGAGAUCGCCUUCUUCGUCAAGUACACCAACACCGGCGAGGUCGUCGGCAGGAUGUCCGGCGACACCAUGCUCAUACAGGACGCCAUGGCGGCGGCGACGGCGGCGCGUCAUCCGUCGUCGUCUCCGCAGCCGCCGCCGCCGCGCGCCGCCUCCCCGUCGGCGUCCGCAAGCCGCCCCUCCACGUCGUCGUCACGGGGGAGCGGGCUUCAUCAGCAGCCACCUCGUCGACGAGCUCCCGCGGGGACAGCGUCAUCAUCGUCGACAACCUCUUCACGGGGCGCAAGGAGAACUUCGCGCACCACCUCGCCGACCCGCGGUUCGAGCUCAUCCGCGGGCACGAACCUCAUCCCCUGCCGGCGAGGCCGCGCAAGCCGAGGCCGUCGGGGCCUCGCAUCCGCCUCUGCCUCCUCUGCCUCGCGGUCGUUGGCGGCCGCCUCCUCAUCCCCCACCACCGCCGUGUCCGCUUCACCCGCUUCCGCCCGUGAGAGAGAGGAAGAGUGAGAGAGAAGAGAGAGGAAGAGUGAGAGGGUACGACAAGUGGGUCCCACUUUUUUUUAUAAAAUAGAAUGCUGACUGGACUGCCAUGUGUACGCCACGUAGACCAAAACCACAGCGGAUUGGGUCAAGGGGGGUAAUUCGUCCGGUUUGCAUAGUUGAGGGUGAACAAUGUCCGGUUUUGUGGUUCAGGGGGGUAAUUCGAUCGACCGUGAUAAAACUGGUCAUUGAUAUGAGACCCACUAUUAAGUGUAGCUUUCCUAUGACUCAAAUUCUAACUUAAAAAUAAAAUUAAAUCGCCUCGAGUCAUUCCACCAGCAUCACAUCGAUUUGUAGGGUUCACCGUAUCACAAUGCAAUUUAUCAACACAUCGAUUUUAAGGAGCACUCUUUUGA